GAGUUUGCAGUAACUGACUUAGUAGUGCUGGAUUGUUUCAUUCCUGUGUGUCUCCCUCUGUUGCGGGCUGCAUACUGAUGUAUUUCGAUCGGUGCUGGGAACUGGAUUUAAAGUUUAAACUGCAUUGAAGUGGCUGCAUUCUGCUACUGCUGUUGCUUUUAAUAACAUUAUUUUGCGCAUGGGCUUUGUGGAACAGGCAGGCAAGCUGGCUUGAAGAAUUUGCAUAUGCUGCAUUCUAUUCAUUCAGUUUUGGAACCAUUCAAUGGUUUUACUUCUUUUAAAACAUAAAUACACACACACAAGUACCAUUUCCUUUAAAAUGACCAGUAUCUCUGACUCAUUUAAAUACCAAGGCAUGAAGAAAGUAUAUUUCAAUUAAAUAUACAGAAAGAAAAAUGUUCAAUAACAGAAAAAGAUAAACACUAAAUACAAAGAAUUUGUCAUCAUCUUUGAACUAGGCUGAGUGAUUUAGCAUCAGGGGAACAAAACUUACACCUCCAGUUUUGGGUUCUGCCUCCUGUAGUUUAGUGUUUGCUGGAUUAGUUCCUCAAAUGUCUCUGUCAAGUGUAUAACAAGGAAUCUCGGAUGUCAGAUCCAAACGCAGCAGCAUGUAAUACCCUCAGAGGCACAGGUGGGAUAUUUUCAAAAUCCUGCAGACUUCAUGGGGCUGAAAGUGAAACUAUGUCACUUAUCACCCAGUGUCCUGUUACUGACAUCAUGGUUUGUAGCUAUGGCUGGGUACCAGACAUGUACAGACUUGCACUUCUGAAGAAGCCCAGAGAGCACCAGUAAACACACUGAAACUGACUCCUCCAAUCAGCCUGCUUUAUAAGGCUACGGAGCUGGGAAGUUACUAUGCAGUUUGGACUGAUUGUGGUGGUGGUUUUCUUGAGUUUGAUGGAUUACACAGGCAGCAGAAAGGACAUCAGUGAAAAAAGACAGAAGUGGAAAAGUACAGAUAUGACCCCAGUAUGUGCAACUGGAUGUGAUAUGUGUUCAGAAUAUAAUGGAUGCCUAAGAUGUUCCCCUAAACUUUUUAUUCUACUGGAAAGGAGUGACAUCAGACAGAUUGGAAUCUGCUUACCAGCUUGUCCAGAGGGUUACUUUGGAUUCCGGACUCCAGACAUGAACAAGUGUAUCACUGUUCAUUCAAAGUACUGCCUGACUCACAUACUUGCAUCUCUUACUCAGGAUGAAGGAAGACUGAGGGUAAGGCAGUAUUCCAACUACAGGAGUCAUUCCAAGCAGAAUGGAUGCAAAAUUGAUAACUGUGAGGCCUGUUUCAGCAGGAAUUUUUGCACAAAAUGUAAAGAAGGAUUAUAUCUGCACAAAGGAAAAUGCUAUUCCACGUGUCCAGAUGGAUUCAUUGCUGUCAAUGACACCAUGGAGUGUAACAGUCCUGCACAAUGUGAAAUGAGUGAGUGGGGACCUUGGAGCCCAUGUUCAAAGAGGAAGAAGCAAUGUGGAUUCAAGAAAGGCACUGAAGAAAGAACAAGAACAGUUUUACAAGCACCUUCAGGGGACAUGUCACUAUGUCCCCCAACAACAGAAAGCAGGAAAUGCACAGUACAAAAGAAACCUUGCUCAAAAGAUGACAAAGAGAAAGGAAGUAAAAAAGGAAAGAAAGAAGAUGGGAAAAAAGAAACAAGAAAUAAUGGAGACAAUAAAAGCAAAAAGGACACUAAAGAGGGCAGACAAGGCAAGAAAAAGAAGGGCCAACAGCAAGGGACUGUAGCCCCCACAGUAACAUCUCUGCCUGUCCAAUAGCUGUCAGCUCGGAAUCUUUAUAUAUGAAAUUCAAUGCUGCUAUAUGCACAGAAGCUUUCCUGAACUGGAGCACUGCUACAGAAAAGCAAAAUGCAAGCAUGAAUGCAACUGUUAUAUUAAGAGGACUUCAGUUAUGAAGCAUUUGGAAUAUCUUCACACAAAAGUUCUACAGUUCUGAUUUAUCAAAGCAAAUGUGUAGACUAAACUAGAAGUCAUUUUUUUCACUUUGAGUUUUCAAACAGAGAAUGAUGAAAUGCAUCCAAGGUCUGGUUAAUCACGAAUGGUAUUGGAACUAAGAAAUAUAGUUCCUGAAUGAGCACAACACGUUUCCAGUUUAAAAGUGUUUAAGCUGUACGAAUUAUACAUUAAAGAAUAUAUGUUAAACAUGUUUGUCAGGAAUAUCAGACAUAGACACAAUGAAACUGCUUAAAGUUUAUUUCAAAUAAAAAUUUUACUUUUAAAGUAUAAUUUUGUAUUUUUACUAAACACUUGGUUAAUUUUCAAAGGUAUAGCUUAGCCCCUAAACUACAACUGAAAACAUAUUUUGUUUCUUAAAGAGAAAAAAAAAUGUUUUCAGCCAUUCAUUUAUUAAUGUCUUACUGUAAGUACCACUAAAUCCAACAACACAUUAUAUGACUGUUACACCUGCAAUUUAAAAAUGUGCCCAGACUACCGAAAAAAAAAUAUGACAAAAGAUCAUGAACAGUCAUCAUAUUUGCAACAGAAUGAGUACUAAUAUUAGGGUAUAUUGCCUUAGCUAUUUUUCCAACACUUUUUUGAAAUUAGCAGAAAUGGAACACAUGGAAUGUAUUUAAAGCAAAGUUUCUAAAGACCUGGAUGAAAUACAGUGUUACAUUUUAUCUGUUACCAUUGACUAAACUCUAUUACUAAGGAGAAAUACUAAACAAAUGCCUUUGUUCCACAGAAAUAGUAUAAUCUUACAGCAUUACUUAAAUAUUACAGCUAGACAGUUUGUUUUCAGUACUGCAAAUGGAAGGCAUGACAGCCUGACUUCCUGCUGUAUCAGUAAAAUAGACAUAAAAAGAACAUUAAUACUCUUUACGUGAUGAACACCAGAUGUGUAAAUACACAGACUCCUACAUUCUAAAGUUAUUAUCCUAAAAUUCAGUCUUGAUACAGUGCACUCCGUACUGUGAGGCGUGGCUUAGGAACAUGAAAACGUGUGUGUAGAAAACACUGACUUUAAAUAGUUAUAUACGCCUUUCAUAUGAAACUUAUACAGUAAGUUGACAAAACAAAUUAAUAAUCCAAAAUUUGAAAACUGAGAAAUGGUAUUAUAUGUAAGAAUUUAGCCAUACCUGUUAGAAUAAAUAACAGUACAGUUUAACAUCCUUGAGAAGGCCUGCUCACAUAACUGAAAGUUCAGAACUCGUAUAGUCAAUGCAGUAAAGAAUUAUUUUUGGAUAUUUGUGUAUUGUACUCUGUGAGGGUGG